CCGCGCUGCGGCGCGUUCCCCGCGUUGCUAGGCGACGGCGCUGCGCGUGUUGACGUCACUUCUGCGAUCGGUUCCGGGAAGGCGCCAUGGAGGCCGUGGCGGAGCGGAAGAGGCAGCGCGAGGAGCCGGCGGACACGUCCGACCUGUCCGGGGAGGAUGAUGAGGACUACGUGCCCUACGUGCCCGUCAAGCAGCGCAAGCAGCAGAUGUUGCAGAAGCUGCUGCAGAUGCGGCGGAAGGUGGUGUCGGAGGAAGAGCAACGGGACAGCGGCAGCGAGCAGCGCGGGGACGAGGAUGACAUCCCGCUGGGGCCGCAGUCCAAUAUCAGCCUGCUGGACCAGCACCAGCACCUCAAAGAGAAGGCGGAAGCUCGGAAGGAGUCGGCCAAGGAGAAGCAGCUGAAGGAGGAAGAGAAGAUCCUGGAGAGCGUGGCUGAGGGCCGAGCUCUGAUGUCAGUGAAGGAGAUGGCCAAGGGCAUCACCUACGACGACCCCAUCAAAACCAGCUGGAGAGCUCCUCGCUACAUCCUGGGCAUGUCAGAGGCGCGGCACGACCGCGUGCGCAAGAAGUACCACAUCCUGGUGGAGGGGGAGGGCAUCCCACCCCCCAUCAAGAGCUUCAAGGAGAUGAAGUUCCCAGCAGCUAUCCUGAGAGGCCUGAAGAAAAAAGGGAUCCAGCAACCAACACCCAUACAGAUCCAAGGCAUCCCCACGAUCCUCUCGGGAAGGGACAUGAUUGGCAUUGCAUUCACUGGCUCUGGGAAGACUUUGGUGUUCACCCUCCCGGUGAUCAUGUUCUGCCUGGAGCAGGAGAAGAGGCUGCCAUUCUCCAAGCGGGAGGGGCCCUACGGACUCAUCAUCUGUCCAUCGCGGGAGCUGGCCCGGCAGACCCACGGCAUCCUGGAGUACUACUGCCGCCUGCUGCAGGAGGACGGGCUGCCCCCCCUGCGCUGCGCCCUCUGCAUCGGGGGCAUGUCCGUCAAGGAACAGAUGGAGACCAUCAAGCAUGGGGUGCACAUGAUGGUGGCAACCCCUGGGCGCCUGAUGGACCUGCUGCAGAAGAAGAUGGUGAGCCUGGACAUCUGCCGGUACCUGGCCCUGGAUGAGGCUGACAGGAUGAUCGACAUGGGCUUCGAGGGGGACAUCCGGACCAUCUUCUCCUACUUCAAGGGCCAGCGGCAAACCCUUCUCUUCAGUGCCACAAUGCCCAAGAAGAUCCAGAACUUUGCCAAGAGUGCCCUGGUGAAGCCCAUCACUAUCAACGUUGGGCGAGCAGGUGCUGCCAGCCUGGACGUUGUGCAAGAGGUAGAGUAUGUGAAAGAGGAGGCCAAGAUGGUGUACCUGCUGGAGUGCCUGCAGAAGACCCCUCCUCCUGUGCUGAUCUUCGCAGAGAAGAAGGCAGAUGUUGAUGCGAUCCAUGAGUACCUGCUGCUUAAGGGCGUGGAAGCUGUGGCCAUCCAUGGAGGGAAAGAUCAGGAAGAACGGACAAAAGCCAUCGAGGCCUUCCGGGAUGGGAAGAAGGAUGUCCUGGUUGCAACUGAUGUUGCUUCUAAGGGUCUGGACUUCCCAGCCAUCCAGCACGUGAUCAACUACGACAUGCCAGAGGAGAUUGAGAACUAUGUUCACCGGAUUGGGCGUACAGGCCGUUCAGGCAACACUGGCAUUGCCACCACCUUCAUCAACAAGGCUUGCGAUGAGUCAGUGCUGAUGGACCUGAAGGCCCUGCUCCUGGAGGCAAAGCAGAAGGUGCCCCCUGUGCUCCAGGUGCUGCACUGUGGGGAUGAGACCAUGCUGGACAUCAAUGGUGAGCGGGGCUGUGCUUUCUGUGGUGGCCUGGGCCAUCGCAUCACUGACUGCCCCAAGCUGGAGGCCAUGCAGACCAAGCAAGUCAGCAACAUCGGCCGCAAGGACUACCUGGCCCACAGCUCCAUGGACUUCUAGCCUGGGGAGGUGUGCUGUCCCUCAUUCCCCCCCUGCCACAGGCCUGGGCUUCUUUUCAGCCCAGCGGCGUCUCUUGCACUCCUAUGGCCCCUUUUCCAUGCUUUUGGCCACUGGGACUGUUGCCAGCUCAGCCUGAUGAAGCUCCUGCCCCAGGAGGAAAUGUGUGGAGCUGUGCUGCAACAGCCCAUUACAUCAGCAGCGGCAUGUUGGGCAAGCAGGUAGCGGUGCCUGAGGGCAAGAGGAACCCCAGGUGGGGCAACUUGUCUGUGACCAGUUGCCUGCUGCCCCUGCCAGCCCCCUGCAGUGGCAGCACCAGGGUCUUACAUUGCUCCUCUUCAGAGCUCCUCAAUUUCUCCGUGUCUGCCCCCCUUACCUGUUUUUUUCCAUCCUCAGUGGGUGGCUGUUUCUGCAUCCCCAGACUUGCUGGGAUGCAGCCGGGGUGAGGCGGCACAUGCUGCACUCAUGUUGGGCGCUCCCGGAGCUGCUUCCUGUGCUCUGCCCCCACGUUCUGCCCCACUGCCCUGCAAGGGGGAGGGCGGGCACACGGACACCUCCUGUGGCCCAGCCUCUGCCCCCCAUCCCACACCCCUAAAAGGGGAAGUCGCUGAGAAGGAAGUCUGCCCCAUGCCCUUCCUUCGGCUGCGGCAGUCACAUUUUCUCCGCUGCGGGUAGCCCAAGUCCCUGGUCCUUGCGCUGGCCAGGGUGGACUGGGGCCAUGGAGAGACCAGUGAAGGAUGGGAUCCUCUAUGUGCAGCACUGCAAAUUUGGAAAGGUAAAGGGUGAAUUUGGGGCUUGUAGAGGGUUUGCCGUGAUCUGGUGAUGCCAGCCCUGAGGCCAGGCCCUCAGCAGCCUGGGAAGGGGGGACUGGAGUCAGACCCCUCAGAACAGCCCUGGGGAGAACUUCCCCUUCCAGGGGGGAGCCCUGGGCCCUGCAGCCCCAGGAGUGGGCCUCUUUCUGCGGCCAAGGGGACUCAUCCAUGCGGGCACACACUUGGGCUCACCCCUACACAGGGUCCCUCUUCUCGCUUGGUCACCGCGCGAGUUGCAGUUGGAACAAUAAACGUGUUACUGCAGCACA